ACAAUCUCUCUCUCUCUCUAGCUUUGGGUUGUCUUCACGACUUCACCCGCCCCCUUCUUCACGUCGUCUUCAUCCACUUGCUCAGCCGCCGCCGCCAGCGCCAGCGUCCGCUUCAUGCGAAGACGACGCCGGACGUGGGCCAUCGACACACCUAUGAUAAGAAGUUGAAGAAGUAUAAAGGAUGAACCUUUGGGCCGACGACAGCGACUCUAUGAUGAAGGCCUUCAUGCCCGCCGCCUCCGACCUUCAAUCCUCCUCCCCCUGGGUGACGGCGGCCGCUCCCGGUCCUCCCCAUCCGAUCACUCCCCCUCCCACUCCGCCCCCCUCUUCUGCCUUCUUCAACCAGGACACCCUCCAGCAGCGGCUGCAGGCGCUGAUCGAGGGCGCGCGGGAAGGAUGGACGUACGGCAUCUUCUGGCAGUCGUCCUUCGACGCGGCCACUGGAGCGUCCUUUCUCAUCUGGGGCGAAGGCUACUACCGUGGGUGCGAGGACGACAAGCGGAGGCAGCCCACCGUUAGCUCCGCCGAGCGGGAGAACCGCAAACGCGUCCUGCGGGAGCUCAAUUCGAUGAUCUCCGGCGGCGGAGCGGACGAAGCUGUCGACGAGGAAGUCACGGACACCGAGUGGUUCUUUCUGGUUUCGAUGACCCAGUCCUUCGUCGACGGCACCGACCUCCCCGGCCAGGCCUUCUAUACAGGCGCUCCAUAUUGGGUCGCCGGCGCCGACCGUAUGGCCGCGUUGCCGUGCGAGCGCCCCCGACAGGCUCAGAUGCUCGGCAUCCAGACCAUGGUCUGCACCUUCGUUGGGUCCGGCGUGCUCGAGCUUGGAUCCACCGACGUGAUCCCCCAGAGACCGGAGAUCAUAGGCAAGAUCCACAACCUCUUCAAUUUCAGCUCCACCGACUGUCCCUCCGUCGAGACCGGCACAGCCGCAUCCUGGCUCGCGACGGAAUCCCCGGAGGCGAAUCCUGACGCGGCCGACAAGGGCGAGGCAGAUCCAUUACUCUGGUUCACAGACCCCUCCAUCGCCGAGAUCCAAAAGAUUCAGACCCAGACCCCGCCAUUCUCCUCCAAAGAGUACACUUUCUCCAAUGGCGCCGUUCACACUCACUCGUUCAAGCCGGAGUCCGGCGACAUCCUCGAUUUCUCCAGUGGCAAGAGGAACCCUUCGCCAGCCCCUCCCGCCGGAAACCUCUUCUCUCACCGCCAGGCUGACGCCUUGGCGGACGACAAGAACAACAACAGGUCCACGGGGGAGACAUCCAAGGCGAGCCACAACGAUGAGGGCUUGGUUUCUUUUGCUUCAGCUCCCGCGAGACCAUCGUCCGAUGGCCAAUUGAAGUCGUCUUCCGCGGCCACAGCUGCCGGCGGAGUCCUCAACGACCCCAACUCCGAUCAAUCCGACCUCGAGGCAUCGGUGCGCGAAGUGGACAGCAGCCGGGCGGCCGAACUGGAGAAGCGGCCGAGGAAGCGCGGCCGCAAGCCUGCCCAUGGCCGAGAGGAGCCUCUGAACCACGUGGAAGCAGAGCGGCAGCGCCGCGAGAAGCUCAACCAAAGGUUCUACUCUCUCCGAGCAGUAGUCCCCAACGUGUCCAAGAUGGACAAGGCCUCCCUCCUCGGAGAUGCGGUCUCCUACAUCAAUGAACUCCGAGCAAAACUCCCAGCUUUGGAAGCCGACAAGGAGGAAUUGCAAACACAGAUCGAAGCCCUCAGAAGAGAACGUGAAUCCCCACCUACACGGCCGCCGCCGGGGGGAAAAGACGACGGCCAUAAGAUUAUGAAUGCCGGCGGCAGCCGGUGUCUCUCUGUCGAGAUCGAAGUGAAAAUACUCGGAUUGGAAGCCAUGAUCAGAUUACAGUGCCUUAAAACGAACCAUCCAGCUGCAAGGCUUAUGGCAACGCUAAAAGAACUCGACCUCGAAGUGCAUUACGCCAGUGUGUCUGUGGUGAAGGACCUCAUGAUCCAACAAGUUACAGUGAAGAUGUCGAGCCAGAUUUACACACAGGAGCAGCUCCACACUGCCCUCUACUCUAGAUUAGCCGCUGAGCGACUGGUUACUCGAUAGUCUUCUACCCUGUAAACUAGUAAUGUCGUACAUUUUUGCUGAAGAUCAGUUGCAGCUCACUUGUUCAUGCUCAAUUGUGGAGUUGUAGAGAUUAUGCUCAAUCGUGUCGUCGUGUUCUGUAUUACUCUACAAUUGCAGUAACCAAUUUAAAGGAUUUGGUUAUUUACAAUGCUAAGGUAUAUUCUACGUUUGCUGCAUGUAUUAGUUAAUAAUAUUAGUUUAUUAUCA